UUUUGUUUUUGCAACUCAUGCUACGUACUUGUUGGUUACCGCCCACCUCAAGGGUGUGUUAUGUCUGGGGAACUUUAAAGUGGCCAAAAUGCGCAGAAUCUAGGCAGCCGAGCGGCGGGUUAUAGGGCAGUGUAAAACACCAGCUGGGAUCUCCAGGACAAAAAUGGCUCGGCUUAUCACCAGGCAGGAGCACGACCCCAGCAUCGUCAUCGUCGGUUGCGGAUUAGCGGGUCUGGGAGCCGCUCAAAGGCUCCUGCAGCACGGCUUCAGCAAGAUCCGGCUGUUGGAGGCCACCCAACGAUGUGGCGGCCGCGCCUGGAGCCGGCAGUUCGGUAAAGGUUUGGUGGAUAUUGGAGCACAGUGGAUCCAUGGGCCAUCUAAGCAGAAUGCUGUGUUCCACUUAGCCAGCCAACAUAAUCUUCUGGAUGAAAAAGCAAUGUCAGAGGACAACCAGGCUGUACAAAGAAAUGGACAACCACCUGAUGUAUCAACCUAUUACACCAGCUCAGGAAAAAAAGUAGGGCAAGAAAUAACGGCUCCCUUGGAAGAGUUGUAUUCAACAUUUAAUGCAAGAAGUAAGAAGUUCUUCCAGUCAAAGACACAACCUGUCCACAGUUUGGGUGAAUUCCUAAAACUUGAAAUUGCCAGGUGUGCUGAAGAUUGGAAGGGUGAUGAGGAAAUGUGUAACCUUAAACUUGCUGUGCUGAAUACAGAAUUCAAGAUAGGGUGUUGUAUCUCUGGAACGGACAGCUUGGAUCUGGUAGCACUCCAGCCUUUUGGAGAGUAUGUGGUGUUACCUGGAAUUGAUUGUGUUUUUCCAGGUGGAUUUGCAAGCCUUGUUGAUGCAAUAAGGAGAUCUCUGCCAAAGGAUAUUAUAUCUUAUGACAAGCCAGUUAAAUGCAUCCAUUGGAAUGGAUCCUUCAAAUCACCUAAUACACCGGACUAUUCUUACUCGAUUCUGGUGGAGUGUGAAGAUGGGGAAACUAUACCAGCAGAUCAUGUUAUUGUCACUGUUCCUUUAGGUUUCCUUAAGGAACAUUAUAAAACGUUUAUUCAUCCCUCAUUUCCUCCCAGUAAAAUCGAUUCCAUUCAGAAACUGGGCUUUGGAACAUGUAAUAAAAUCUUCCUUGAAUUUGAGGAGCCAUUUUGGGAACCAGAAAGUCAAUUGAUUAGACUGGUCUGGGAAGAUGAGUCUCCACUGUUCAGCACACGGCCAGAUCUACAAAAGGAGUGGUUCAGAAAGAUAUUAGGUUUUAUUAUUCUACAGCCUAUGGAAAGGUAUGGCCAUGUCAUUUUAGCGGUACUUGCUGGUGAGGAAGCUAAUUAUAUGGAGAGUCUAUCAGAUUGUGAAGUCAAAAAUUGUUUGACACAAAUCAUACGUAAAUUCACAGGAAAUCCACUGAUACCUCCACCAAAGGGCAUUAUUCGGUCAAGAUGGUAUAAUGAUCAAUACACAAGGGGAUCAUAUAGUUACACUGCAGUUGGAAGUUCAGGGGAUGAUAUAGAUGUAAUUGCUCAGCCUCUCCCAUUUACAUCUACACAAGGACAGCCUUUGCAGGUGCUUUUCGCUGGUGAAGCUACUCACCGGACAUUUUAUUCUACUACCCAUGGUGCCUUGGAGUCAGGUUGGAGGGAAGCAGAUCGCCUGAAUAACCAUUAUGUGUCAUUAACUUCUGUGAAUUAAAAUUCAUAAAACGUUAUAACAAUCUACCACAAUGCACCUGUCAUCUCCAUCUUUAAUUAAAUCCACGUGGUAUCCAAACUUUUAAAUUGUGUUAGAGAUUGAAAGUGGAGAUUAUAGAGAGUGCUUAAAUGAAUUGUAUUCCUGUGCAUGAAUGAAAAAUUCUAUUCUAACAAAUUGAUGUCAAAGUUCAAGAAAAAUUUUGAACCGAGCUGACCAUAGGUAAAAAUUGAUUGGUGGCAACCAGAAGCAUUCUGAAACUUUGUUCAGAAAGGAGUGUGUGAAAGCACCUGAUCAAGAUGUAAAACAUAUUUGGCAUCUUCUAAAGUAAAGCUUAUGAGUUCAACACUCGGACCAGAUUGUAUGCUGUUCUCGAGGCAUACUGCAUCCACUCUGUCUCAGUUUGUUUCUUUUUCCAUCCCAUUCUCAUAUUUCCCCACUACCAGUUUUCUAUAUUCUUACUCUGCUACCACAUACAAAACUCCUACUGGCUCUUUUUUUCCUCUUCUGCUGAUCCCUUUGCAUAGAUUAUGAUCUACAUCGUGUAACUGAUUCUUUUGAAUGAAUGAAUGUGUAUUUUUUUUCAUUUCCAUCACCCAAACUGAAAGUCCAAUCUCUAUAUGCUUGUCCAAGCAUUGUUGAAUGUUGAAUGUUUCUCUUUGCUAUUUUUAACCAUUGUUUUGAUAUUCUUUAUACCUACAGGUAAUGCUGUGACUUACCAAAGUUCAUGACUUUAUCAUGGAUAGAAUUUGUGUCUUAAUAGUGUCUGUGAUCUUUGUUUUUAAUGUGAGAUGUGUUUUUAUUUUCUUACCCUCGGUGUGGUUUCUCCAUUUAAAUAAUUCCAGAAGCAGACUUUGGGAAUAUAAAAAUAAAGAUUGUAUGAUCAUACAAGUGUUCUGGGAGACUUUUAAUGCAACAUCACACACAUACUGUCAAAGAUAAGAUUAUAGGUAAAGUGAAAAACAGUGAUUACAAUGGAUAAAUAUUUUAGUCCCUUUCAUAGUAGGGCUGUGGUUUUUUUUUUGAAGAAUUGACACUUUUUAGCUAGUAUGGAGAUCUUGUGGAAGCAGAGUCUCCUCAGUAAGCUGCAAGGUGUUUCGUAUCAGAGAUAAUGGGAACUGCAGAUGCUGGAGAAUCCGAGAUAACAAACUGUGGAGCUGGAUGAACAUGGCAGGCCAAACAGCAUCUUAGGAGCACACAGGCAUAGUUGAAUGUCAAGGAGUUUGGCUCUAAGGUGAACUUGCAGCUGCAGCAGGUUGGGGCUGGGGGCAGGGAAGGCACAUCUUACUUUCAAAGUAUAGUUUUUACCUGAAAGGUCACUGGACUCAACAUUACCUCUCUUUUCUCUCAACCAAUGCUGUCGGACCUGCUGAGUUUCUCCAGCAAUUUCUAUUUUAGCUUUUAGCUGGACUGCUCGGUUCUCUUGCAGCUGGUCUAUUCUUUACAAAGGAACCAGUGAAGUUCAUGCGUGUCUGUGAUUGCCCAAAGUCUGAUUAGUUCUGAAGAGAGGGCCUUUGAUUCUCCAGCCACUCUUUUUUUUUUUUGUAAAUCAAUUCUUUAGUGGUAGUAUGGCUUAAUUUUCUGUACUAAUUCCAUGACUUGAAUAUUUUCUUAUUUCUUGGUGACCAGAACUGAAAAAGUGAAAAUUAUGCUGAAGCUGCGAUUGUUGUAGAUUUACAUCAGAUCAUUAUAUGUGAGCUCAGAAAUUGCAAUAUCUACCAUGCACCAACCACCAACAGCUUCUUUGAUGCCGUAUUGUCCAUAAUUAAAAUGUUUUAUUGUACACCUUGGUCAUCACAAAUCCAAUGUUACUGAUCACUUAAAUUGAAAAUGUCUUUGUUCUGAAGAUCGCUCCUUUUUUAAAUUACUUGUUUAAAAAUCUCCUUUAGUAGAGUACUUUAUCUUUGUUUUGUCAAACCAUCCAGAAAUUUAUUUAAAAUUACUGUAUGGGGAAAUAACUUUGAAUGUCAAAUUUUAUAUACUAAAAUGCAGAAAUUGUGAAUUUUCUAUCCACGUAGACAAAGAAUAAACCUGUCAAGCAUCGAUAUGAA